UUCUUCUCCUCCGCCUCCGGCGAGCUUUCUCUCUUCCUUCUCCGUUCAACCCAAGAGCCUCUUCCUGACCCAGUUCGCUCCGCCACAUCGUUCGAUCAGGUUUGGCUUCCAAGUUCUUCCUCCUAAUCUUGAGAACCGGUUUCGAAAAAACACCAUAAAUUCACAACUGUUCCGACCACACGUGAGCGUCCCCGGCAGACCUCAGACAUGCUCGUGCACAGUUGUUUGCCUUACAUCUGUCGGGCAUGGGGCAUCAAUCGAUAAAAAGACACGUCUCGACUGAUGAAAAGUCGAUUUCUUGGUAAAUCUUGGAUCGAAUCAUAGCGAGCGGCGAACGCCGUGCCUUCGGACAAGAAUUCAUCCACGGUCGAACCCAGUAGAGCGAGAGGGCGCAACGAGGGAGACGAAGCUGACACCAUCGACGUCGGCAGCUGCUAACUCGCUCGCCAUCCCUCUCUGCUCUCCCAUGGCGAAGACGGGCAACAAGACCCAGAAGCUCAAACUCUCCAAAGACCCCACCAAGAUGACACCCAAGAAGCUCAAGGUCAAGAAGACCAAGAAGCAGCGCCCUCGCCCCAUGCCCGACUCCGACUCCGACUCCGAGCCCGACUCCGACAAGCUCCCGACCCUCCUCGAGCCCUACACCAAGGACCAGCUCGUCGACCUCAUCACCAGCUCCGCCCUCGCCAACCCUGCCCUCUACGGCCACAUCCGCGAGGUCGCCGACCGCGACGUCGCCCACCGGAAGAUCUUCGUCUACGGUCUCGCCUGGGAGGCCACGCCGCAGUCCCUGGCCGCCGCCUUCGCGUCGUUCGGCGAUGUCGAGGACUGCAACGUGGUGACCGACCGCGCGACGGGGAAGUCCAAGGGGUACGGGUUCGUCCUGUUCAGGACGCGGAAAGGGGCCGUGAAGGCGUUGAAGGAGCCGAAGAAGAAGAUCGACAAUCGGGUCGUGUCGUGCCAGUUGGCCUCGAUCGGCCGUGGCGGCACCGGCGUGUCGAGGGAUUCGAACUCGGCAGUGAAGAAGGUCGAUGUGAAUCGCGCGGGCGCUGAGGUGAAAGGGAAAAAUCAGGUGCGGGGGCAGCCUCAGGCUCGGGCUCCAGCUCCGGCUCGGGCUCCAGGUCCAGCUCUGGCUCCGGCAUUCACUGCUGCUCAGAAUUUGUCUGUGCUGAAUCAGUAUCCCGGCUUGCACCAGAUCUACGGAGGGCUGUUAGCAAACCCUGGUGCCUUAGGGUUUGUCAAUCCGGCAAUAGCCGGCGCUUUGAAUCAAAGUAUGUUGGCGUUGAGCCAGGGAAAUUUAGGUCAAGGAAUGGCGGCGGCGACCCAAUCCGGGGUCGUUGGUGGUGGAGCUGGAGGUUCAGUGCUUGGAGCUUAUGGCGGGUCGAGUUCUGUGCCGCAGCUGGGGCUGCAGCAUUUUUAUGCAGCAAAUAUGCCCCAGAGCGCACAGCAAACGGCUCCGUUUAGGGCUAAGGGAGGUGGUGCAUCUUCCAGUGGGUUUCCCACACAGACUUGAUGAAAGUGCAGCUGAACUUGAGGAAUGAUUUUGCUCUUCCAUGAUGGGUUGGCGGAGUGCCUUUUACAUUCCUUUGUAGAACUUAAUAUUCAUUGUCACUCUCUCUCUUUCUCUCUCCCCCUGUGGAUAAAUUGUCUCAUAUUUCUAUUGUGUAAGACUCAUCUUCACUUUUUAACGAAAAUUAACUCCAUAUUAAUUUUGUUGUA